GAUAAGUAAAAGCAGUCUCAAAUUUCUGUUAAUAUUAGUUUGUUUGUAAUUUGUAUUGUAUUGUAUCAGGCGUUUCAUCUUCCUUCUUCCCUCAUUUUCUCUCCCUCCAAACAACCCCUUCCUCAUCUGCGACACAUGGAGAUGUCAAUGGAGGAUUCGCGCUCCGACGAGGCUCUCUCCAUGGUUCUCCACGCUUUCCUCCGACGCGGACGAUCUCCUCGAUUACCCAAAAAUUCCAUACCGAUUGCGCCACGAAUAUCUCCUUUUACGACGCCCUUUUAAGGUCCUUUUAUUCGCUUUUCGUUUCUUUCGCUCCGAAUUCCAACUCUAGGAUCCUUCACUCGUCUUUCCUUUUCAUGUCUAUCCAAUCGUUUCUUCUUAGUCAUUUAGAGUAGUUAUGUCUCCCUGCCAAGUUUGGAUAUAGGAGAAUUCUCGGAAAUUUUUCUGUUGUGCUAUUUUAGGGUUUCGAACGCUCUCUGCAAUGGCUCUCAAGCCUUGAUCUGGAAUUUAAGCGAGAUUCGUUCGUUCCUGUUGUGUUUGUGGUUUAAUUGGUUGUUGAAUUUUGCGUUUGGUUGGGGAAAUUUAAAUGGCUGGGAAGUUGGAAUUGGGGCCUCCGAAGUUUGAUGUUUCCAAUCCGAAGCAACAAGCAGCGAGGAAGAUACUGAAAAUUGUUAGAUCUCAAGGGCAUCCCUAUGUUGAGUUGCGUGAGAAUGGGAAGAAAUUCAUUUAUUUCUGCACUUUGUGUCUUGCUCCGUGUUAUAGUGAUGAUGUUCUGUUUAAUCACUUGAAAGGUAAUCUUCACAAGGAGAGACUAUCUGCCGCUAAGGUUACUCUGCUAGGACCGAAACCCUGGCCUUUUAAUGAUGGUCUUGUUUUCUUCGAUACUUCCACUGAAAGUGAUAAGGAAUUGGGAGUUGCGGAUAGUUACCAGAACAGGUUGUUGAAGGUUGAUGACAAUGAAGGCAAUCUUGCGAUUGUGAAGUUUGAUGAAGGGGUUCAGUCAAAUGCUAAACCGUGUUCAACUGAUGGCGUGCAGGAUGAUGAGUGUGCUUUAGUGAUUCCUCAUUUGCUGAUUGGAGAUGAAACGUUUGACGUGAAAGUUAGGGAAGUGGGCUUGGGGAAGAUUGCUGCAAGAUUCCUUGAGAAGUCUAACGCGUUGAAUGGGAUUAAAAGAAUAUGGUGUGAAUGGUUAGGAAAAGAAAGUAAUGGUAAACAAGAUGGUUUUGAGGUUUUAGAGCAUGAUUUUGCUGUUGUAAAUUUUUCUUAUAAUUAUGAUCUGGGUCGGUCUGGUUUGCUUGAUGAUGUCAAGUUAUUGCUCCCGUCUGCUUCUGGUGGCCAAAAGGGAAAGACAUCGUUGUCCGACUCUGAUGAUGUUAGCGAUUCUUUAAGCAAUCAAUGUGAUUCUUCUGCCGAAGAGUCUUCUGAUUCAAACAAUUCCAACUCACGAUUGGCCCUAGACCAAUUCAACAAUCAUAUUCUCUGUACAAGGUUCAUUUCAAGCAAGGCUUUGAGGAAAGAAUUGAGACGAAAGCAGCGGCUGGCAGCAGAGAAAGUGUGUAACAUCUGUCAACAAAAAAUGCUUCCUGGUAAAGAUGUAGCAGCACUUAUGAAUUUGAAGACUAGAAGAGUAGCCUGCAGCAGUCGGAAUAGAACUGGGGCAUUUCACGUGUUCCAUACAUCCUGCCUUAUACACUGGAUAAUCUUGUGUGAAUUUGAGAUAAUCACAAAUCAUUUAGUUCGUCCAAAUGUUAGACGAGUGAAGAGAAAGGUUGCAUCAGAUGGUGACAAAAUUGGAAAAGAAAAAAAGAUAGAAAAACAUAUAAGAACUGUAUUCUGCCCAGAGUGCCAAGGUACUGGUAUGAUCAUUGAUGGAGAUGGGGUGGAGCACCCAGAAUUUUCACUGUCUCAGAUGUUCAAAUUCAAAAUAAAGGCAUGUGAUGCACGCAGAGAAUGGAUCAAGAGUCCUGAAAUUUUGCAGAAUUGCUCAACUGGGUUUCACUUCCCUUCACAAUCUGAAGAGAUAUUUGAGGAAAAAGUGCAACCCAUAAAUUUGCUGCAUUUUUAUCGUGCUGAUGAUCAUAGUGUGGUAUAACAACCGGGCAAAAGUAUGGUAUACAUCUGAGUACAUUAAUUGGUCUACAUUUUCAAUAUUUGUGUAACAUUUUAGGUAAAUGUUGGUUGAUAGACUGGAUUAUAUAACCUCGUAGAUAGUGACCAGAUUAAACAUUGUGUAUUUGUGUAUACCUGUUGCUAAUGUGUGCGAGAGUGCACAUAGCUGACAAAGUGACAUAUGUGUACAUGGUAAAAAGAGUAGAUAUCAUUCUAGAGUGCUGUCAUUGUUGCCUCA